AUGGGAAAACAACAUCGGGAACGUAUUCGUGAGCACAAUGAGCAAACUGCAAGGGAAGCGCUGGAAAGAAUUGAAGCAGAAAACAAACCAAGCCCCCCUCAGCCAGAUGUACAAGAUAACACUCCAGUUAGUGAGGAAAGCCAAGAGUCUUACAAUCAUCAAGCCGACCUUGAUGUGAUUGACCUUGCCGCAAUGGGACCAGCCGCAAGGAUUUUGGAAACAAACAUCUUGACAGGUGUGAAUUUGGAUGACGAUUUUGAUCAUCCAAAUCUUUUUACCAUCCCUACCAGUCAAUUCAAGAAAAGCUACCUCAAAAUUGAAAUGAAUGGAUUGAAACUCUCUGAAAAUUGUGGUGAUGCACUUUAUGAAUAUGAUAGUGAAAAAAAGGAGAAGAAGACUAAAUUGCCCAAUCCUUGGCGUAAAAAGGCAGAUGGAAAAAUUAUCCGACACAUUCCAAUCACCUUAUAUUCCGAUGACACCUCCGGAAAUGUCUCAAAGAAAUUCAACAAUCACAUCUCCUUUUAUUUUACCCUUUCUGGUCUUCCGCUACACAUCUCCAAUCAAAAGUUCAACUGUCACUUCUCAUCCACCUCAAAUAGAGCUACUGUGUUGAAAAUUUUGCAGCCAAUAGUUACUGAAAUGAAUGAAAUCACAAAAACCGGUUUCAAUGCAUUUGACUCAACUAUCAUGAAGGAGGUCCUGGUCACUGGAAUUGUCUUAUGCUUUUUGGGUGACUCCCCAAUGCACGCUGAGAUCACAAACACACCAAAUCCUGGCACUUCAUUAAAUCCUUGCCGAAUGUGUGAUUCACAUGCUGAAGGAAUUAACAUGAGGAAUACUGUUGAUUAUGUGACAAAAUUCUUGAGGAUUAAUCAUGAUGGAUCUGAGGCAACAGGAAAUGAAAGGAUUUGGAACGAAACACAUGAAAGGACCUACGAAAUAUACUGUGCAGAAAUAGAAGAAAGCCAUGCCGAGUCCCUCCGAAAAAAACUCAAAUAUGGUAUCACUGACUCACUCAACACCCGGUUUUUGGAAGAAUCAAAGAAAAAUCUUCAAAUCAGAGAAAAGAUGGAAAAAUUGGAAGACAAAGAGCCACACAAAUUGUUCAAUUCAAUUUUGGAGCUUGAAGGGUUUGAUGGUGUUAAGGAUACUCCAGUUGAGAUCCUCCACGUUGCCUUCUUGGCUUCGUCAAGCUUGAAUAUUCCACCCAUCAAUGGAAAAUCAUUUGUCAAUCACAUCAAAAGUCUAGUCGGAAAAGAAUUCAAGAUUCUGGUUCAAGCAGCACCUUUCAUUUUUUUCCAAUUCCUGGAUCCUGAACGCAAAGCAAUCUGGACGGCUCUCUGUCAACUUGUACCAUUUAUCUUUAUCACCAAAAUCGAUAACAUGGAAGAAUAUCUGACCCGUCUAAAUAUUUGCAUCAAGAAUUUCAUUUAUCAUGCUAUCAAAACCACAGCGCAGUGGGUCAACAAGCCAAAAUUUCACCACCUCCUCCACCUCCCUGAAUCAAUACGUCGAUUUGGACCAGCAACUCUUUUCGCCACUGAAAAGUUUGAAUCAUUCAAUGGUGUCUUACGCAAUGCAUCAAUCCACUCCAACAGACAAAGCCCAGGAAGAGAUAUUGCUAUCACUUUUGAUAAUUAUUACACACACAGAUUUCUUCUCUCUGGAGGUUAUAUGUACAAUCCUGAAACUGAAACCUAUUGCAAAGCCUCUCAAGAAGUUCUCAAUAUCUUCCUGAAAAAUGAAGUCAUCCGCAAGUCCUUUGGUUACAACUACACUGCAUCAAAUCCAGCUCCUCCCCAACACUAUCCAUUUGCUCAAACCAUUAAAGUCCUUCAAGACGACAAGCUCCCAGUACCACAACAAUUGAUUGAACAUUGCUCAAGCACUAGAAUCAGACAAGUUCGAAAGGUUCAAAUUAAACAACACGAAAUUUUGGAGAAAGGUGGUUUUGUUGUGCUUAUGGGAAUAAGUGAGCUCUAUUCAAUGAGGGAAAUAUGUCGGGAAAAGACCAAACAGUUCAUUAAUGUCAAUGAAGUCCAGGCUUGCAUCAAUGUUCAGCAUAAUUGUGACAAAGGAAAAUGCUUAAUCGACAUGAGCAAACCUGUCACUGUUGAGCAUCAAGAAACUGAUAUCAAAACUUCUCAAGUUUUGCACGCAGAUGACAAACAUUAUGUGAUCAACACAGCCUCAUUUCACGAUCCAUUCCAACAUCACCAAGUCUCUAGAACAAACUUACCACAGAUUUCAGAUCAAGAUAUGGCACAAUGUGUUUUAGAUGGCUUGAGAAAUUGGGAUAAACAUAAUUUUGUAUUUGAUCAAACCAAUAAAGAGGAAGAAGAGAAUAUUGAGGGUACUGCUAUUUAG